GCGCAUUUUUAGGGGAUUUUGACGAAACGGCAAGUGUCGUGAUGGCGACGUUGGUGCUCCGCCGCGGGGAGCUCCAGCGCAAGCCAGGCGCUGAUGGCAUCUCUCCGUGGCAGCGGUGCUGGGUAAAGAUGUACUCGGACCGUGCUGUCGAUCACAACAACUCCAAGUUGUUUGACGUGUCGGCGGUCAAGUCGGUGGUCAAGUCGGGUGACCACGAUGUCGUCGAGUUCGUCGUCCAACUGGCUGCCGGCUCUUGCAUGCUCUUCCAAGCACCAUCCACCCACGAGUGCGACGCGUGGGUGCGGUGCAUCACGGACGCAAAACGAAUCUUCCUCGCGUCAAAUGGUCGGAUGUUGUUUCAGCAAGCCCACGACGUUGGCGGCGGCGCCGCGCCAUCGUCUGAAGCGGGGGGCUCUCGCACGAGCAAUCCAUUCAUUCGGUUCGAUGACAGUGCAUCGUCCAAUGGCAGCGACGACGAUGACGACGACGACGAAGACGAACACGGCGAGCGAACGAUUCUGUCCGCGGCGAAUUCGCCAGUCAAGUCGCCGCCGCGCGACGCGAUGGCCCGUUCGAAUGCACGCACGUUUACAAUCGUCCAUGGCUUCAUCAACUUGCCCAACGGAAGCAGGAUGAUUGUGGCGCUGCCGUACGACACUACAACCCUCAGUUCGCUGCCCGUGUCCGCAUGCAAGCGCGACAUGCUCCACAAACUUAAGCGCAAGAUCGACCAAGACUUCCCCGACAUGACAAGUCGACAUGGCCUCGUCGCGGACAUUCCAAAGGAAGACAACAGCCUUUUUGUGUUGGCGAUCGUCGACGCCAUCCGAGAUGUCUGGCUUCGCAACGAAACCAAAAAGAUGCGCCAUUAUCUCGACCAGCGUUUCGACAAAGCAUCGUCCGUGGUUUGUGUCGAAGUCCGGCACGUCCAAGCGAUGCCGCCGCCGCCGCUCGUCGUGUCGAUUCUGUCGACGGUGAAUAAAGUCAGCGAUCUGUCGCAGAAGGAGUACACGGCGUACAAGAUUCAAGUCGAGUUCAACGGACUCGCGUGGACGGUGGACCGCCGCUACAAGCAGUUCUAUGCCCUCCACGACGCCCUCGUCCGCGAAGCAGACUACCCGUACAAAAUGUACUUGCCCGCGCUGCCGCCGCGGCGCGCCCUCACGCCCAAGAAGGGAUCGUUCGUGGCCAAACGCCAACAGCGCUUGGAAGCAUAUCUGCAGGAUCUUGUGGCGUUGCCGAACCUGGCCGAAGACGUUCGUGUGAUGGGAUUUCUUGGGAUGGUGUCGACCGCGCGCAACUCGGAAAUGCACCCGAGAGAUACCCGCAGCGUCGUCCACGUGUCGGCGCUCCACACUGCGUUAGAGUACGGCGACAUUUUGCUGUUCAAGACUCGGUUUGGCACAUCCAAAGUCCAGCGAAAGUUGACUGGCGCGCGGUACGACCAUGCAGCAAUCGUUGUCCCAGGGUCAGCGCCGGGACUGCUGUCCAUGCUCGAGUCGACUGGCGAGGGCAUUCAAGUGUAUCCGUUGAAAACGAGGCUGCUCGCGUAUAGUCGCGAAGUCACGAACGCAAUUGUGGCGCGGCGGGUGCUGGCGCCGCGGACGCCGGAGACGCUGGCAAAACUGCAGCAGUUUGUACUGGACGUGAACGGGAACAAGUACAGCAUCUUUGGCAUUUUGAACCGGACAAAAGUCGACGACAAGGAAAAGACAAGCCACUACUUUUGCUCGGAGCUCGUCGCGGCGACGCUGCAGCACGUCGGGUGGGUCCAACUCAACGUUCCGCCCAGCUACUUUUGGCCAGGGAGCUUUGCUCAAGACGGAGAAGUCGAGACAAACCACCACCUCAUGCCGUUCGUCACGCUCGGCCCGGAGCUCUCGAUCGAUUGCAAGAUCAUGGAGGUGGGUCGAGCGCAGUACGUGUCGGGUGAUGCGAUAACAAAAUAGAGCGUGCAUUAUGACGUCGAC